UGUCCCUAAACAUUUUGCGGGUUCAUUGAGCCGGGACAAGAGAGAAGUGCGACGAGCGGGAGUGAAUUGAAUUUACCGUUUUGCAUUUAUUUGCAGGGAGAUCAUAAUUUCAUGGACUGGAGUAGACAGUUCUGAAGUAUAUGAGUUAGAGGGAAAUAAUUCAGAUCUAUGUUAUCUGAGGAUGGUGAACUUGGUGUCCACAGUGGUCAACCAAACAGACAAAAAGCAGUGAAGGGUUUUGCAGAGUUUUGCUGCUGUCCAGUUGCAAACAAUGAUGGUGAACCCUCUCAGAACCUCAAAGUCACAAACACACAACUACAAUACACUUAUCCAUUAAAGUUUCUUGUACCAGGCUUUGCAUCUUCAGUGCCUACCUGUCAGUGGCUGUACAUCAUCACAUUUGGUGGUGGGCUUGUUGAGGGAGAUAAUGUAGCUGUUGAUGUUAAGGUUGGAGAGAACUGCACUGUGGUAGUGACCACUCAGGCCUCAACAAAGGUUUACAACUCUGAAGAGGGCCUGGCUACUCAGCAAGGGUUAAGAGGCCUGGUUGCCGAUGGUGGACUACUGGCAGUUCUUCCAGAUCCUGUGGUCUGCUUUAAAAAUGCCAUCUAUGAUCAAAAACAGGACUUUGAACUAACUUCAAAUGGCAGCGUAGUGAUUCUCGAUUGGUUUACAGCUGGACGCAUGGCUCUUGGAGAAGUCUGGGAUAUGACUAGUUACAAGAGUCACAACAGAAUCUUUGUGGAUGGAAAGUUGGUGUUUGGAGAUUCAGUCUGCCUCAACGGUAGAAACAGUUGCCUUUCACUGAAAGAAUCCAUGCAUAGUGCUAUGGUGCUAGGAAGCUGUGUUUUCAUUGGUCCAUAUUUUAAAGAAAUCAAGAAGAAAAUAAAGGAGAGAGUCUGCACACUCACAAAAUGUAAUGACAUGAGCCCAGCAAGGAAAGAUGUGAUUGCCUAUGCUAGUAUUAUAGAUCCCACACUGUGUGAUGGUGUUGUUGUCAAGCUUAUAACUACACAGAGCACAGAACAGGCCUGCCACUUUUUUAGAACUGUCAUUCAAGAUAUCAUACCAAGACUUGGAGGAGAUCCUCUUGUUAAAUGAGAAUAUAUUGUCAUGUUGCAUGCAGUUUGCUGUGCAAAGUUAUGCACGCUUGUUUUUUUAACUUCAUUCAUUGACAACUUCUAGAAAACCACCAAUAACAUGAUUUGAAUAGUGGUUUAAUAUUUAAGUGUCAUAUUUUAUGGUUACACUGUAGAUAAAAUUUGCCAUCCAUAUUUAAGAAAGCCUCGACCGGAAGUUUUAAACUUAUGAAAAUGAAUAUCAUAAAAAUGUACAAUCCGCAAUGUAUAAUAAAUGUCAUCGUAAUGAGCUGUACAUUGUUGUUGGCCACAAAAUUGUAUUUCAAAUCUGACCUUAAAAAUUAGCNG